AUGGCGGGUCGAAUUCGCGUGCUGAACGUGGUGGCAGCGGUUGCCAUCGUGGUGAUUCUGUACUAUGUGGGUCGGCCGCUGUACUGGGAGAUGGAAGCGAGGUUGCAGGAGUACCGCGAGGGCCUCUCGGACGCCACUGCCGCUGGCACGACGGGAACAGCAGCGCAGGGAGGAACCAUUCGGCCCGUCGGCAACGCGCGAGGGCUGGAGGCAGCGGCGCUGCAGGGCCUGCCCAGGGAGGCGUCCAUGGCGCUCAUGGCGCUCGACGUGGUGGACCCCGACGCUGCCUCGCCCGCCAACCCCGCUGCAGCACACCACGUCCCGGCUGGACCAGUUGCAGCAGCGGAAUCAGCUGGAGCGACAGGGUCGGGAGGGGCAGACGAGGCAGGAGCAGCGGAAGGAGAGGUAGGGGCAACAGAAGAGACAGGAGCAUCAGGGGCAGCAGGGGCAGCAGGGGCAGGGGGCAAGGAGGAAACGCCAGGCGCAGCAGGAGUAUCCCUGGAUCUCCCUUCAGACGCACCUGCAGCAACAGCCCCGGCACUAGGAACGACUGCUGGAGAAGUGGAUGCAGGCGCGACUUCCACGGAUUCAUCUGGGGCAGGCGCAUCUGGGGCGGGGCCAUUCGCGAAUGGCGUGCGCCCCAUUCUGCACGAGGGCAGGCCGCUGCUGGCCGCCCUGAAGCGCGAGAUCUGGGAGAAGCCUCCCCCGGGCAGCGCGGUGCCAGCGAGGGGCGAGUUCGCCCUGCGGCGGGAGAUGGUGGAGCAGCGGCAGCGCGACGGCGUGGUGGUGGUGACGUUCGCCAACCACGCGUUCCUCGACUUCGUGCUCAACUGGGUGCGCCACCUCACCGACCUCGGCGUCCACAACAUCCUCGUCGGCGCCAUGGACAUCAAGUUCCUAGAGGCGCUCUGCUCCCCCUCUCGCAACAACAAUCCCACCACGUCUCCCCCCUCCCCCGGUACCCAUCCCCCGCCCCCGCCAGGCGCCAUGGACACGCGGUUCUUGGAGGCGCUGUGGAGGGAGGGUGUGCCGGUGUUUGACCUGGAGAGCGGCAUGACGUCGGACGACCCGGGGUGGGGCACGCCUGUGUUCCACGCCAUGGGGCGCGAGAAGGUGACGCUCAUCAACGUGUUCCUGUCGCUGGGCGUGCAGCUGCUCAUCUGCGACACCGACACCGUCUGGCUCAGAGGGGCCAGGGGUAGGGGCCAGGCGUGCACCUCAUCAUCUUUCACACCGGCACCGUCUGGCUGCGGCCCCGCCGCUCAGAACCCGCUGCCGUACAUGGCGCGCUACCCCCAGGCGGACGUGCUGACGUCAUCGGACCAUCUGGUGCGGUCGGUGGACGACGAGUCGCUGGAGCACUGGGACCAGGCCCAGGGCGCGUACAACAUAGGCAUUCUGCACUUCCGCCCCACGGAUCCGGCAAAGCGGUUUGCGCGCGCGUGGGCGGAGCAGCUGGCGUUGGACGCCAAGGUGUGGGACCAGAACGGCUUCAACGACCUCAUGCGGCAGAAGCUGGGCCCCGACGUCAACCCCGACGCCCACGACCACGUCUUCUGGGCCUUCGACGGCUCGCUCAAGCUCGGCAUCCUGCCCGUCGCGCUCUUCUGCUCCGGCCACACCUACUUCGUGCAGCACCUGUACCGGCGGGUGGGCGUGGAGCCGUACGCCAUGCACGCCACGUUCCAGUUCGCGGGCACCAACGGCAAGCGCCACCGCUUCCGCGAGGCCAUGGCGUUCAUCGACCCCCCGGAGUACUACGACCCUCCAGGUGGCGUGCUGUCAUUCGUUAACAACAUUCCGGAGGAGCUGCUGACAGGUGGCGACCACUCUCUGCAGACGCACUUCAGCCUCGUCAACUACCAGCUCGUCAAUCUCAGAUCAGCGCUCGCCAUCGCCACAAUACUCAACAGAACACUUGUGCUGCCUGCCACGUGGGUGCGGUUCGAUCGCAUCUGGUUCCCCCACCCCGGGAUACUAGACGGCACCGACACACCGCAGCCGUUCCUGGCGCCCGCGGACCACGUGGUGGAGGUGCAGAAGAUGCUGCCCGGCGCACUCAAGGACGACGAGUUCGGCCCCGCCGUGCCCAUCCGCGAGUACUCCUUCCUCGACAACCCACGCACCCCACAAGCGGUGCUCAAGUCGAAGCUGGCCGUGCAGCUGUGUGACGAGGGCUCGCCCGACUGCCCCUCCACGCCCGAUGGCCCCACCGACACCAUUCGCAUGAAGAAGAACACGCGGCAGAACGAGCUGAAGGCAGUGCUCUCGCGUUACUCAGACAUCAAGUGGAUCGAGUUUUCUUCCAUGGUGGACUCCUUUGGAGGCUGGGACGACAAGGCCAUGGAGAGGAAGUUCAGAUGGCGACUGCGGCAGUACGUGGGCAUCUGGUGCUGCGUCAAUGCACAGCCAGGGCACAUCUGGUACGACUUCUUCAACGAUGAGAUCCCGGGGUGGAAGCCACGGCCGCCAGCCAAUUGGACAGAGGACCACCCGCCAUGGGGCAAGGACCAACCGGGUGCCUUAUGA